AUGGAGCCCGCCGGGAGCCGCCUGCGGGGCAAGCCCUUCCACGGGCGCGAGUGGGCGCUGGGCCGGCUGGCGCUGAGCCUGGAGGGGGGCGGCGGGGUGCUGGUCACGGGCGGCGCCGGCAGCGGCAAGACGGCGCUGUGCACCGAGGCGCUGUGGCCCACCUCCGGGCCGGGCCUGCGGGUGGCGCUGGGCGACUCUGCCCUGGCCUGGCACUUCUGCCAGGCGCACGACGCCGCCGCCACCUGCACCCCGCGCGGGUUCCUGCCGCGGCUGGUGCGGCAGCUCGAGCGCUGCCCGCUGCUGCCCGGCUACCGCGAGCGCCUCCGUCGGGGCGGCGCCCCCCGGUCGCUAGAAGCCGCCGCGUGCAAGGAUCCGGACGAGGUCUUCCGCAGAGCAGUGCUGCUGCCCCUGCUGGACCUGCCACCCCCCCAAAAGCCUCUGCUGGUCGUGGUGGAUGCCUUGGAUGCAGGCAAGAGAGAUCGCCAGGAGGAAGAGGAGGAGGAGGAAGAAGAAAGAGGCCCCACUCCAGGGCCCAGCAAGUCCAUUGCCCAACUUCUGGGGAGCCACCUGCGGCUGCUGCCCCCCUGGCUGCUCCUGGUCUGCAGCGCCCACUCCCAGAGCCAGGGGGUCCUGCGCCUCUUCCCUGGAUUCCGACAACUGUGCCUCGAUGACCUUCAGAGGGAACCCAUCAUCUGUGAUGUGCAACACUACAUCCUCGCCCGGCUGGACCGGGAGGAGGCGCUCCGGCGGCGCUUCAGCCAGGACACGACCACAGCCCUGACCCAGCUGCACCUGAAGAGCAACGGCUGCCUGCUGUACUUGGAACAGGUGUUAGACAGAGUGGCGGAAGAGUUGGUCACCCCGCAAGAGGUCCGUCACAUCCCAGGGACGCUCUCUGGACUGUACCUGUGGCUCUGCCAGCGCCUCUUCCCACACAAACGGUUUGCCCUGAUCCGCCCUCUGCUGGAGGCCCUGCUGGCAGCCCCUCGCCUGCUGACGCCUCGUGAGCUUCACGCUGCCAUCUGGACGUGCCGUCCACUUCUCUGGGAGAGCUUUCAGGUCCAUCUGGCAGCCUUGGCAGGGCUCCUUCAAGAGGGCCCUGGGGGUACCUGCAUGUUCUUCCAUGUCAGCUUUGCCGAGUGGCUUUGUGACAUCAAGCUUUGUACGUGGAAGUACCACUGCUGCCCGGCCCGAGGGCACGCCCUGCUUGCCGUAAGUGCCUCCUGCCGGGCACUGGAAUUAAGCCCGGAGGAGGUGAUCGAACUGGCCCAGCACUUGCUGGCUGCCAAGCUCUGCCUUGAGGCCUGGCAGCUGGCGAUGUGGCUGGUGUGGUGCCGGGUGCCUGUGGAGCGCUGCUUGGGGCCAGAGCUGCUGGUGCCCUUGGAGCCAGCGGUGCUGGAGCUGCUGGUGCUGGCGGGUGCUCGCCUGGGGGAGCGAGGGCCGGCCCCAUCCCUGCACCAAGCCUUGGAGCGGGAGGAUUCUGUGCGGAUGCUACUAGAAAAUGGCACCAGCGUUAACCAGCGGGACGUGGACGGGCGCACCUGGCUUGCUAGUGCCGCCCACAGCGGCAACCAUGAAGUGGUGGGGCUGCUCUUAACACACGGUGCGCAACCAGAGGCCCCAGAUCACCUUGGACAGACCCCCAUGACCUUGGCUGCUCGCCAAGGACACACAAAGGCCCUGCUUUGCCUGCUGGCCCACGGCACAAAGGUCGAUUGUGCGGAUCACAAAGGUUGGACAGCUCUACGUGCGGCUGCCUGGGGCGGUCACAGCGAAGCCGUUGGUGUUCUGCUGCAAGCUGGGGCCACUGUGGAUUGUGCUGAUACCGAGGGGAGAACAGCACUGAGGGCUGCUGCCUGGGGUGGCCAUGAGGACAUUGUGGCCACUCUGUUGGAGCACGGAGCAGAUGUCAACCGGGCUGAUUCUGAGGGGCGGACGCCACUCAUUGCUGCUGCCUACAUGGGUCACGGAGGGAUUGUGGCUCUGCUGCUGAGCCAUGGGGCUCGUGUUGACCACGCCGACAUGGAUGGGCGGACUGCCCUCUCGGUGGCCGCUUUGUGCAUUCCAGUGAGCCGUGGCUGUGCCAAGGUCGUAGAGCUUCUCUUAGAUCACGGUGCUUCUCCGGGACAUGCCGACUGGGACAACGUGGCUCCCUUGCUGGUAGCUGCCUAUGAAGGCCACGUGGACGUCGUGGAGCUCUUGCUGGAAGCAGGGGCCGAAGUGGACCAGGCUGAUUCCAGAGGCUGCACUCCACUCUUGGCUGCUUCCUCCAUGGGCCAUCGGGCAGUGGUAGAGACUUUGCUACUUUGGGGGGCAACCAUAGAUGUCCUAGACAGUGAAGGCCGGACUGCUCUGGGUGUUGCAGCUGGACAGGGCAGCGAAGCCGUUGUCCAGGCUCUGCUAAAGCGGGGCUUGGAUGAAAACCGCCCAGAUGGGCUGGGCUGGACCCCAUUGCACUUGGCGGCCUGGCAGGGCCAUCACAGGACAUGUGCAGCUCUUUUGGAGGCUGGAGCCCACGUAGGCAAGCCGAACCAGGACGGCCGCGUCCCACUGAUGCUGGCAGCCCAGGAAGGACACACGGAUGCUGUGCAGCUCCUGCUCGAGCACUACUCCCCCAUCGACCACCAGGGCUACGAUGGGCUCUCGGCCUUGUCUCUGGCUAUGCUGGCCGGACACCACAGCACUGCCGAGCUGCUUCUGCGCAAGGGGGCAGAGGUGAACUUGUCUGACUCCGAGGGUCGUCCCAUGCUGUACCUCCUGAUGCUGGAGGGCUGUGUGGAGAUGGCCGAAUUGUUACUGGAACACGGGGCCAGGGUGGAGGGGCGGGAUGCCCAGGGCCGCACUGCAUUGCACGUCACCUGCUGGCAGGGGCAGGGGGAGGCCACCCAGUUGCUGCUGAACUACGGGGCAGACGUGGAUGCCCUCGACAAGGAAUGCCGCUCGGCCUUGCACCUGGCUGCCUGGCAGGGCCAUGGGAGCAUUGCACACCUGUUGCUAGGGAGGGGGGCGCAGCCCAACCAUAGUUGCAGCCAAGGGGCCACUGCUUUGGGGGUGGCCGCGCAGGAAGGGUGGGCUGAUGUGGUGGAGGUUUUGCUGGAGCACGGGGCCAGCCCCGAUGUCCAGGACAAGUCAGGCCGCACCCCCAGGUGGCUGGCAGCCAAGCGGGGCCACCAGGCCGUGCUAAAGCUGAUGGAAGGUUAUGGGGCCUGGCCGGGACCAGCCUCUCCCCAGCUGGGGUCUUCCAGCAGCUCGGCCAGCAGCCCCGUCCCCCAAGGCAGGCGAGGCGAGUCUCCUGCGGCCUGGCUGGGUUCCACUGCUCGGGGCGAGCAUAGCAAAGACUCCAGGGGGGCCCAGAUCUCCAUUGACACGCUGGCCCCCCACCUGCACCGUAAGGCAGCCAUCAAGCUGCAGUUUGAGGGCCCGACUUGCGGCUAUCACUAUAAGCAGGAAACUCCCCUUUGA